AUGGUCAGGUCCGGAGCUCGACCCGGUCAGGUGCUGUCAUCAGGAAGGCACACUGGACCUGCUAAAUUAACAAGUGGAAAGAAAGGGACACAUUUAAAAAAAAUAUCACGUCUAAAUGCAGAUUCUGGCUUUCCCAUCCAUUCUGAUUCAGAAAGUCAGACUGAAGCUGUUCAAGGACUUGAGGGUUGUGCUUCUUUGCUGCGGGACAUUUUGAGACAUGAAGAUUCAGGUACAGAAACAGCAUACUCAGAAAGUAGAUAUAACUCCAGAACUUUAGAAGGGAAAAGAUACGGAUCAAAAAAGAAAGGCCAGGAAAGACAUAAAACUUCUUUAGUCCGGAAAGAAUUAUUAUCUUCGGAUCAUAAGAAACAAACAUCCAAUGAAGCCUCUGCUGAAAGUGAAAGAGACACAUCAGAGAGAGCACAAAACUGGUCAUUGCAAGAUCAUCAUAGAGCAUACUCACCCAUGAUAUACCACGCCCUCUGCGAGCAUGUGCAGACUCAAAUGUCGCUGAUGAAUAAUUCGACUGCAAAGAACAGCACAAAUGGAAUCCCUGCUGUACCCUGCCAUACUGUGUCUGGUUCUGAAUCUCAAGCAACAUCACAGUCUAAUUAUGGCUUAUGUAUCCCCACUCCUGUCUGGUCAGCUCAGCAGCCAUCAUGCCCUUCAAUGGUUCAUGCUGAAGUUCAAACAGGUGGUGACAACCAGUUUGCAUCACAAAGCAAAACAGUUUCUGUGAACCCUCCUGGCAUUCCAGCUAAUUCCGUCAACGCCAGUCCUGUGCUUCCCUGUGGUCUGCCUGGCACUGACAGAUCAGCUCUUGCAGCAUUUCAGCAGCUGGGCCUUACGAAUGGGAUACUGCUACAAAAAGGAGUUCCAAGGGAAGCAGACCUGCUAAAGUGCUUUCAAACAUAUAUGUCUCUGUUCCAGUCUCCUAGAAAAGAAGCUCAUGCAGACAACCAGACAUCCCGAAGCUCCACUCGAUCACAGCAAGCCUGCUCAGCAGCUAAUGAAGACGGAGAUGCCAGAACACAAAUGGGAGAGGCCACCAGUGAGGGAAGGGACCUCAGUAUCCAUGUAUCGGAUGCGAAAAUAAUCAAGGAUGUGCAGAAGGCCAAAAAUGUGAACCGGACUGCUGAAAAAGUUAGAACUAUAAAGUAUUUGUUGGGAGAGCUGAAGGCCUUGCUAGCAGAACAAGAGGAUUCAGAAAUUGAAAGGCUGAUUACAGAAGUGGAAGCAUGUGUAUCUGAGCUCCCAGCUAUAAGUGGAAGCACAAAUAUUCAAGUUGAAAUAGCACUGGCUAUGCAGCCAUUACGAAGUGAAAACACUCACUUACGAAGGCAAGUAAGAAUUUUGAACCAGAGACUUAGAGAACAAGAAAAAACACAAAAGGCAACUGGUGCUGUGGAUUGCAACGUUGAAUUGUUUUCUCUUCAGUCAUUGAAUAUUUCCCUGCAAAAUCAAUUACAGGAAUCAUUGAAGAACCAGGAAUUACUACAGAAUAAAAAUGAAGAGCUCUUAAAAGUGAUUGAAAACCAGAAAGAUGAAAACAAAAAAUACACUAGUAUAUUUAAAGACAAAGAUCAAACUAUACUUGAAAAUAAACAGCAGUUUGAUAUUGAGAUAACAAAAAUAAAAAUUGAACUAGAGGAAGCCCUAGUCGAUGUGAAAAGCUCCCGGUUUAAGUUAGAAGCUGCUGAAAAAGAAAAUCAAAUACUGGGAAUAACAUUACGCCAGCGUGAUGCUGAAGUGACUCGGCUGAGAGAGUUAACCAGAACCUUACAGAACAGUAUGGCAAAGCUGCUCUCAGAUCUUAGUGUGGACAGUACACGCUGCAAGUCUGGGAAUAACCUUACUAAAUCACUUCUGAACAUUUAUGAUAAACAACUUCAGCACGAUCCAGCCCCUGCUCGCACUUCCAUAAUGAGCUACCUGAAUAAGUUAGAAACAAAUCACAGUUUUGCGCAUUUGGAGGCACAGUCGACAGUUGAAAAUGAGGAAGCCAUAGAGCCAGAUGGGCCUUCAGAAAGUGCUGUGCCCUCCAGAGGGCUGCAUCCUAAUAACACCAGAGGUGGGGGAGAAGUUCCUGCACUUGGAAUUGUUUCUACCUUUUCGAAACAGGAUUCAGAUGCAGAGGAUGAAACUUUGACUCUAAUAGAAGAUGGAUAUAAUUUGGACAGUACAGUUUACAUUCCUCUUGUUCGAAGCACUUCUAAAGUGAAGUCGCCACUUUCUAAAAAAAUGUCCCCUCAGCCCCAGAUAAGUCUCUCUACCACACAGCUCAUCAGCAGCAGUGGACUUGUCUCUGAAACAGAGAAGAAAUUGUGCACACCUUCAGUUUGUUCUUUGAGACAAGAAGUAGAAGAUGCACCUGAAAAACUUUCCAAAACAGCUGAUAUGGAGGACAAACAGCUCCUUGAAAAAAUAAAGGAAGCCAUUGGCAAGAUUCCUGUUGCCAAGGUGGAUCCAGAGGUACAGGAUGCGUGUCACGACCCUCCAUCUUGUCACAAAAGCAGGGUUCAGGUGAAAGGCAGCGCUGCCUGUGAAGGCAGUAUUCUCAACUCCGACUUGAUGUCUGACUGGAGCAUCUCUUCUUUUUCAACAUUCACGUCUCGUGAUGAACAAGACUUCAGAAAUGGCCUUGCAGCACUGGAUGCCAACAUUGCUAGACUCCAGAACUCCUUACGGUCUGGUCUUCUGGAGAAAUGAACUAAGAACACUAAUAUUGUACUUCCUCUAUUUAAGAUUAGAGCUUGGCUUUGUUGAAGAUAUAUUUUAAUUGUCUCUAGAGAAGUGACAUUUUUGUAUUAAUUAUGCAUAAAAUAAAUUGAAUAAUAAAUCUUACUGGACUGUCUUGACACUGUGGAACCUAGAAAAACAAAUCCGCUUCAGAAACUGAUAGCUGUUAAAGUUGUGAAUAACUAGGAAGUAAUGUUUUAAAUUUAGUGCUUGACAAUUAGAGUUCUUUUUUA